AUGUCAGAUCUCUCCAAAUUGAACUUUAUGGCCCUAGACAUUAAUGGAAAGAACUAUUUAUCCUGGAUUUUGGAUGCUAAAGUGCACCUUAGUGCCGCGUCUUUGGGAAACACAUUUGUCCUUGGCAACAAUGAAUCCUCUGAGGAUCGCUCAAAGGCCUUGAUUUUUAUUUGUCAUCACCUUGACGAGGCUUUGAAGUCCCGAUAUUUUACGGUGAAAAACCCGUACACUUUGUGGAUAGAACUCAAAGAUCGCUUCGAUCAUCAGAAAACUGUAAUUCUCCCUCGUGCAAGGUAUGAGUGGAUGCACAUUCGUUUACAAUAUUUCAAGAGUGUAAGUGCAUACAAUUCAACACUUUUUCAAAUCGUUUCUCGUCUAAAGUUAUGUGGAGAAACUAUGAAGGACUCUGACCUUCCGGAAAAAACAUAUUCCACUUUUCAUGCAUCAAAUAUAUUGCUUCAACAGCAGUAUCGAGAGAGAAACUUCACAAAGUAUUCUGAGCUUAUUUCUUGCCUAUUAGUUGCUGAACAAAACAACGAAUUAUUGUUAAGGAAUCAUCAAAAUCGUCCUACUGGCUCAGCACCUGCUCCUGAAGUGAAUGACACUGUUUCUGAAAGUCGUGGGAAAAAGCAUGGACAUUGGUUAGGUCCUAAACACUUCAAUUACAAGAAGAAGGGUGGUCAUUACUCUCAUCAUCAUAAGGGGAAGAAAAAUAAUAUAUUCCCUAAACCAAAAGGCAAAAACUCUGAAAACUAUUCAAAAAAGCACAAUGAAUCAAUAUGUCGUCGUUGUGGUUCGUUGGGGCAUUGGGAAAAGGUUUCUCGUAUGCCUAAUCACCUUGUUGAUCUUUACAAGGCUUUCAUUCAAGCAAAAGGGAAUAAUGCUGAAACAAACUUUGCCAAGUAUGAAGUACCAAUAGAUCUUGCCUAUCUUGAUCUGAAUGACCAUAUGGUUGAAGAAAAUAACAAUAAGUUUGACGACAUCGAAUCAUUUUUUAAUGAUGUUUGA